GUCGCUCUAACAGCGUAUCAGGAAGAAAAACAAACUUUAAUGCGGGUACCAUCUGUUCAAUAUAAAAUGAUCUACAUAUAGGCUGUUGCUCACUCAUCAUUACAUUCUUACUCUAUUCAGCAACGAAAGGAGUCGUGUUUUGUAGUUGCGUGCAGUUAAUUGAGCAAAAUGGGGUUGUUUAUCCGUUCACUCUUCAUCGUUCUGAUUGUGAAGUCUCAAGUUGAACUACAAGUUGAAGCUUCCAGCAACCAGAGAACGGUUUCAUGUGAUGUAGAUACAAGUAGUAAGGUAGCCGAGUUUAGGCUUAUUGUAGAAAACUACCUAGUCAUUCUUGAAGAUGAACUCAGAAACACACAAGACCAGGUGAAAGAGCUCAAAGUAAUAAUGACUGAAACUGUUUCAUCGGAGCUGGAGGACACAAGACGUACGAUGGCUGCAAUAUCAACCAACCAAGAAACAGCCACCUCUGAGCAAGAAGAAACACGUCGAAUGGUUAGUGAGUUGCAGGUUGCAAUAGCAACCAACCAAGAAACAGCCACUUCUGAGCAAGAGGAAACACGAGGUAUGGUUAGUGAGUUGCAGGCUGCAAUAUCAACCAACCAAGAAACAGCCACCUCUGAGCAAGAGGAAACACGUCGAAUGGUUAGUGAGUUGCAGGUUGCAAUAUCAACCAACCAAGAAACAGCCACCUCUGAGCACGAGGAAACACGUCGUAUGGUUAGUGAGUUGCAGGUUGCAAUAUCAACCAACCAAGAAACAGCCACCUCUGAGCAAGAGGAAACACGUCGAAUGGUUAGUGAGUUGCAGACUGCAGUUUCGACCAACCAACAAAAGGUAACUGUCGCACUAAGAAACACAACACUUCAGUUAAAAGACACAAGACGUGAAAUGGGAGUCAUUGGGCGUCAGGUGGAAGAGCUCCCGGAGUCAGUAUAUAGGUUGACGAAGAUCCAUGUCAGAGAUUGUUCCGACGUGCUCGCAAGGGGUGAGGCAUGCAGUGGCGUUUACGUUUACGCCGUGAAGCCGGACUGUGGUGCGCCAUUCGAUGUGUACUGUGAUAUGGAGACAGACGGCGGAGGCUGGACGGUUUUCCAGCGGCGCCAGGACGGCAGUGUAGAUUUCUAUUUGGACUUUGCCAACUACAGCCGGGGCUUUGGUAAUCUAGAGGGAGAGUUUUGGCUGGGUAACGACAACUUGCACCGUCUGACUGCUCAGGGCGAGUAUGAACUCCGCGUAGAUCUCACAAGCUUCGACGACGUUACCGGCUUUGCCAUUUAUGGCUCGUUCAGCAUCGCCGAUGUGAGCGAUAACUACACGCUUACAGUGGGAAGUUACUCUGGUACCGCAGGAGACAAGUUAUCACCCCACAAUAACCAGGCCUUUACGACCAAAGACCGAGACAACGAUGCCUCGAGUAGUGGUAACUGUGCUGAGAGAUACCACGGAGCCUGGUGGUACAGGUACUGCUACAACUCCAAUUUGAACGGGAGAUACUUCAAUGAGGCCACUACGAACGGAGAAGGAAUUAAGUGGCGUGGCUUUUCGGAUUUCCGCUCACUCAAAACAACUGAGAUGAAAAUUAGAAGGAAAGUUUAGUCCUUAAUUAAGAUGGAUACCAUUAUAAAAAGGUACGCAGUAAUAAACAUCUCCUCAUAAAUCACCUGAUCGCUUCACCUUCUCGUAAAUGUUUAAACAAAAAUAAUUAAACCUGUACUUUGAAACCUAAAAAUGGAAAACAUGGAAAACAAUUUAAUGUGAAUUAACUUUUAAUGCAAUGGAUUAAAUACGACAUGUAUAAAAAUCGUGACAUCGGGUAGCUAAAAUAGUUGCAGAAAGUAACUAAUAAGGAAUGUCACUUUAAACCCAAUACGACCAGUAUAGUAUGUAAGACUUCCAAGUACAAACGCAUCGCUUAAUAAAACUCUCAAGAUACUCUUUUAAAUAACCCGUUCUAAAUCCGACUCGUAUAAUGAGAGUGGAUGCUAGUGUUUUUAUAAACAGUGCGGUGGCUUGUUGAAUCGAAUACAAUAUUUUAUUUUGGAAAUGUUGUCAUGAAAGAUCCGCUAUUGUAAGUUGUUCACAUAGAAUUUAGAUAUAUACGAACAUUAAAAAGGGCUUAAUACGGUUCCAUACUAAAUCGACGCCUUUUUAAAGGCAGUGGACACUAUUGGUAAUUACUCCAAAUAGUUAUUAGCAUAAAACCUUGGUAACGAGUAAUGGGGAGAGGUUGAUAGUACACAACAUUGUGAAUAACGGCUCUCUCUGAAUUGACGCGGUCACGAGAAAAAAGUAAGUGUCCAUGAAUUUGAUUUUGAGACCUCAGAACUAGAUUUUGAGGUCUC